CGAGGCUGUGCCGGGGUCUGGGAUUUCGCCCGCGGUUGCUGCGCCGGGGGCUUCCGCUGCUGUUCUCGAGGGCGCGGAGCGGCCGCCCGGCGGCGGCAGCUGCUGGGAGAAGCCGGCUGUACGAGCACGCGCGGGGCGGCUGGACGGCGCGUCCUCGGCUGAACUUGGAGGCGCUGAGCGCGCAGCUGGGCGAGGCCGAGCGGGAGCUGGAGACGCGCAAGGGGCCCCUCGGGCCGCGGGACCUGCGCGAGAUUGUAAGCGCGGGCCGUGGGUGGGCUCGGCUGGGCGCGCAAGAGCUGUUGCUCCCGCUCUCCUGAGGGCUUAGCCCCAGAAGGUGCUUUAAGCGCCAGGAGUUUAAACCAGCCUUCACCAGCUAGCGUUUAUUACUGAAAUUUUAUUGAUGUUAGCCGCCCUGAGCCCGGCUCUGGCCGGGGAGGGCGGGGUAUAAAUAAAAAAAUAUUAUUAUUAUUAUUAUAGCCGCCCUCUUAGGUGGCUAACAUUGUGUAUGCAAGCCGCUUUGCCCUGGCUUUAAAAAUGAUUCAUUCAAGUUUCAGGUUCCACCUGGCUGUCAAGAUUACUAACAGCCUGGUCAUGAGUGUCUAAAUAAAGGCUGUGAAGCCACGCCAGGGUAAAAGGUAACAGUUCUAUGGCUCUCAAGCAUCUGGGUGUCAAGGGAACUGUUUCCAGGUUCUUGCAUUAGCAGCUUAAUGUAGCUGAAGCUCCAUACAUUUUCCUUCCAUUGUUUUUCACUCUCCACUUCCAGUACUACCUUCUUCUGUGCAUACGAUCUGUUUUUGAAUAAUCUUAUUAAACUGCUGUUAGGCUGUAUCAUAUUUUUCUUCUUUUUUCCUGAUGCCUACUAGGUUGCCACUUGGCAGAGAUUAGUCGAGGUGCAAGAAGAAAUUGCAGUACUUGAAGCUGAGAAAGAGAAGGUGGCUGAAGAAGUGGGGAAUAUUGUG